UGGCCGAUCGCGAAUACAGUGAGGCGAUGGAGGGAAUGUUGGAAGCCGUCAGGAAGGCCGCCGUAGAGAAAUAUCCCCGUAAAGUAAACCGGAAAAUACAGUAUGGUACAGCAGGAUUCAGAACUAGGGAGGAGUAUUUGGACCAUGUCUUAUAUAGGAUGGGGAUCCUUGCUGCAAUCCGAUCUCAAACCAAAAAAGCAACAAUUGGUGCUAUGAUUACGGCAUCCCACAACCCCGAGGAAGACAAUGGUAUCAAACUCAUCGACCCCGCGGGGGAAAUGUUAGAGGCUACCUGGGAGUCCCAUGCUACGUUCCUGGCCAAUGUGGAAGAUGAAGACCUUGCUUCUGCUAUUAAAACAAUUGUUUCAAAGGAGAAUGUGUCAAUGGAUGUUACAGCCACAGUGUAUGUCGCCAUGGAUACCAGAAAGAGUAGCCAGAGACUUUCGGAAGCAUUGCAGUGUGGAGUUCAGGCAGCUGGGGGCACGUGUAAAGACUAUGGCCUGUUGACAACACCACAGCUACACUUCAUGGUUCGGUGUGUAAACACUAACAACCAGUAUGGUACAGCUACAGAGGAGGGCUAUUUCCAGAAAUUGACAACAGCAUUCUGUAAACUAAGACAACAGAUAGCACAGAAAACAGACAAUAUGUACAAAUCCACCCUCACACUGGACGCAGCCAAUGGUAUAGGGGCUCCGAAAGCAUACAAGCUCACUAGUUACCUGGCUGACUAUCUUACUAUCGACAUAUGCAAUGAUGGGUCAUCUGGAAAGUUGAAUUAUCUGUGUGGGGCUGACUAUGUCAAGGUCCAACAGAAACCAGCAGAUGGGAUGACUCUUCACUGUAAUGCCCGCUGUGCUUCGUUUGAUGGGGAUGCUGACAGAAUAGUAUAUUACUAUGCAGAUAAAGAUGGUAAAUUUCACUUAAUGGAUGGUGAUAAGAUAGCAACACUGGUGGCAGGCUACCUACAGGAACUCCUAAGCAGAUCAGGUCUGACGCUCAACUUGGGUCUGGUCCAGACAGCUUAUGCGAAUGGUAGUUCAACUGCGUACAUCACCAAAAAUCUGAAGGUGCCAGUGGCAUGUGCAGCAACAGGUGUGAAACACCUCCACCAUCGUGCCCUUGAGUUUGACCUUGGUGUCUACUUUGAAGCUAAUGGACAUGGAACGGUUAUAUUCAGUGAGAAUGCUUCAAGCCAGAUACAAAGUGCAGCCAAAGAUAGCAGUUUGUCAGAGAUACAGCGAGAUGCUGCUGCCCAGCUGUGUACAGUAAUGGAUCUCAUCAACCAGACUGUGGGUGAUGCUAUAUCAGAUAUGCUUCUUGUUGAGCUGAUACUGGCGACAUAUGGAUGGGAAAUAAAUGACUGGGACAGUGCUUAUAUUGAUCUCCCAAACAGACAGCUCAAGGUCAAGGUGAAAGAUCGUACUGUGAUAACAACAGCUAAUGCAGAAAGGACAGCUUUAACUCCCGAUGGUCUACAACAGGCUGUAGAUAGUCUGGUCGUCAAGUACGAACACGGCAGAUCGUUUGUCAGGCCCUCGGGUACAGAGGAUGUUGUAAGAGUUUAUGCUGAGGCUGACACACAGGCAAAUGCAGACAAACUAGCACAAGAGGUUGGCCAGGCAGUGUACAAUAUGGCUGGUGGAAUUGGAGACCCACCUGCACCUUAGUACCCAUAGAACCAUUACCAGUUACACACCAUAUUACCCAUAGAACCAUUAUCACUUACACCAUAUUACCCAUAGAAUUUUUGUAGCUGCCGUGUGGGAUACAGUAUUAUCAAUACUGAAGAGGGGUUAAUGUAAUUGUUGAUUUUAUAUAAACCGGUCAGUUUAGUUUGCUUUCCUCCGAGGUUAACACUCUAGCUACGGUAUAUAUUUACCCAUAACAUUACAUCAUGUUUGAUUAUUAUAUAUUAUUUAUUUGAUGAUUUAUGCAAAUAGUUCAUUUGCUGAACAGCAUCACUUUCGCCUAUAGAUCUGUAUGAGCUAGUAACAAUAUAGUUGCUGCUAUCAGGAGGUUACUACUUACUACUGUUACAUAUCAAGUUUGUACACGGGUUCCAGUCCUCGAUUGUUUCACAUCACAUUAAUCUGUACAUCACAGGAUCAAAAUGUGUCACUGAUGUUUGUGAAAAACACUAGAUCUUCAUCAACUAUAUACACAUUCCCCUUUAUGGUCAAUAUCAAAAUUUAAGGUUGUAAACAUCUCAACAGUGAGAAGUAUAAAAAGAUUAUGUGGUUCUGGGUCAAGGUUACUUCGAUUGUAGUGAAAGGUCAAGGCCAAACACUGUAACCCCCUGAAUAUGAUUGUGAUUGAUUGCAUGUUCCUUAGACGUGUGAGUCAAGGUCAUGUAAAAAAAGUCAAGGUCAAAUUGUUGAUUCAUGCUAAAUUUUACAUAAUAUUUUGCAGUAAUACUAUUAGAUUGACAUUAUUUGCAUGUUGAGUGGAAUAAAGGCUUUGAAUGAUUACUGUUAAAGUUAUUUUCACAUCCACUUCGUAGUAAUCAACACAUAAUAAUUAUUAUAAUGUUGAAAUAUAAACAAAAGAUUUAGUUAAAUUUUUGUAUUGUAAGCCUUGCAUAACAAUAUAUAAUAUAUAUUGUGUAAUAGCCUUGUAAGAUGACUUUCAUUGUCCAUAUUUUGUAAGUUAAUGGUUAAAGUCUUUGUCCUAUGGCCCUGGCUUCCACAUUCCUUUCCAACUAAACAUUCGGUUAUAACAAAGUGUAUGUCAUGUAUAUAAAAGACUGCAGCUGAUAACAAAAGUUAAUAGUCCUCUAAGUCUUUUGUGUUAUUGUGUUAUAUCUUUUGUGUUGUGGAAUCUCUUUGUUUCAAUUUACAUUUUUUGUGUAAUUCUCAUUUCAUAAUGUUCCGCUAUGUAAAGUAGAAUCAAAAAUGUCAUUUUAAAUCAUUUAAUUUAUUGGGCAAAGUUGGUCAAUCUGACCAGCACAAUUACAUGAAGAACACUUGGUUAGUUGCCUUUGCAAUAUUAAUUAGUUUUAAUAUUAUUUCUUUAAUGCAUUGAUUUGAAAUUAAUUACAUUAUAUAUAAGUGUAUAUAUAUAUAUUUAUAAUUUUAAUUAAAUUGUAAAAUUAAAGGAGGAAGAUGAAUUAAAAGUUUCAGAUAAUGUGAUGACCUAUUUUAUCUCUCUGCAAACACGUUCACAACUUCUCCAAAACUGCUCUGCCAAAUUUGAAAAAUGGGCAGGUGGUCAUAUAUUAUCUUGGUAUCAGAAGUGGUUAACAAUCGUGUAGUACCAUACAAUCCAGUGAAAUAUUGAUUUUUUUUUGUACUGUGAUCAAAUGACACAGGUAUGGAGACGUUUUCAAGUUUCUUUUUACAGAAAAAAUUGUCUAAUCUCAAUGUCCACCAUCUUGGAAAAAGACGAAAAUUCCCGCAGGGAGGAUUCAUGAACAUUCACUCAUCAAUUUAUACUUGUAUAUGUAUAUGAUACACUUGUAUAUGUAUAUGACACAUACAGUUAUCUAACUAUGAUGUUGUAUGGGUGCAUGCAGAGGGGCUGUGGUUGUGUCUGCUUUGUGUCUAUACAAAGCUCAUGGUAUUAAUAAUAGUUUUGUAAUGGGUUAAUAUUCACUUAAUGACGAUGGCAGAAAUUUGAUUCUGUGCUCAGUCGGGUUCUCCAGGGAUUUUCUGGUAAAGGAUUUUUUACGUCUCUCAAAUUGUGAAAGAUUUUAAUGCUGAGAUUGCAAAAAUUAAGGAAUAACGAUAUAUUUCCACAUCUGACAUCUAGAAAUCAAAAUUUAUAGAUAAUUUGUAAGUAACUUUUAAUCAAUGACUUUGGCAAUUUUAUAAUAAAUCUGCUUGGAUCGAGUUGUAAUUUCAUUCCUUGACGACAUGGAGUGUCACCAAAGUCCCUAUCCCUGGGGACACCUUUAGAUCUGGCCUGAAGUGGAGAAUCUGUCUGGGGAAUCCAUAUAUAUUAUACAAUGCAUGAAAUAAUCAUAAAAAUAAACCAAUUAUAUAAUUUUAUUUGAUAGAAUUAUAUAUACAAAUGUAUACAAUUAUGAUGUACAUAAAUAACAAAUACAAACUAGAAUUAAAAUUCAUUUAUCAUUCUGAACACAAAACACUGAUAAUAAAUACAGAAUCUUUAAUCUGUUCUCAUUUCAUAUGAGAUUUUAUGAAACAAGUCUUACAAGUUUUUAUUUAAGGCACACAAAAAUUUAAACUUCGAGACAAGUUGCAUAAAAUUUUAUAUGAAAUGAAAACAAAUUUAAGAUACUUUUUAUAACAAAACAUAGAGAAGCCAGAACUGCCAUUUGGCAAGGUUUUAACAUUGAAAUGUGGAGAGCUUAAUUAAGCAGAGACGGCCAUUUUGUUGCGCCAUUCACAAAUCAUGACAUCCAUUGUCCACAUUAUGACGUCACAAUCGAUUUCCGACUGGUACAACCAAAGAAAAAAACUUAAUACUUGGGCAAAUUCACUGGAUAGCUGGCCAAUUAUCUGAUAAAUAGAUUACAUAUAUAUUGAUAUAUAGACACAGAACAUAAUGCUAUAUACAUGUAUACAUGUAUACAUGUAUGUAUUGGUUAUAUUACGUCUGGUCCGGUGACUGAAAUGUGAUCUUAUGCUGCACAACUUACAGGAUUGUGAUGUGGCAUUGUAGAUAAUUUUUAAAAUAACAUGGUAUGUACAAUUUCUGAUGAAAUCUUUAUACAAAACAGUCUUUAGUCUAGCUGUACUAAAUGGAUUAAUUACCCUAAUUAACAGCUCUCAACAUAUAGAAUCCUGAUUAACUGGUCAGACUCGUCCCACACACACUGACACACAGAAUUAUGUAAUAGACACCUAUAGUAUAUAGGAGAAAGCACCUUUUGAUACAAUUUAAUAAUGUAUAUGCCAAAUAGUGAAUAUAAAACUGCAUCACACUGAUGUGUCAUCCCACAUGUAGGGCUUUUAAUGAUCAGUUAUGCUGUUAAUAUAAAGCCCAGUAUCAAAGUCCAAAGAAAUGAGUCAAAAACUGGAAAAAGAGAUCGCCAUGCUAACAAAAGUUAUAAGCAAUGAAUGGACAAACAGACAAGCCCAUACCCCUUCAAAAUUUGAAAGGAGUCUAAAAAUUCAGAGGAAAAUUAUAUUACAUAUUAUAUGGCACAGAAAAAUCAAUAUUUGAUACUGAUGAAUGUAACAAGCAAAUUGGUGGUACUCAUUCAAUAUGUUCUUAUUUGUUGUGUAUAUCAGCCAGUUUUAACUCACCUGCGCACCAUUGUAUGACAAGGGAAGUUACGCAGUGAAUUGAGUGAUGAGUCAUGAAACAUCUCAAUAACAAAAAGGUCAAAUACUCUGGCAUAGAAGGUUCGUUUGUUUGCUGGGUUUAUCGCCCCAUCAACAGCCAGGGUCAUUUUGAGGUGGGGUCUCCUUGUGAUUACCUCACUCAACAACAUACAGGAGGCCCUUUGCAUACCAUCUAAUUAUAAAGCAAUAAGGGUAAAGUGUCGACUUGACCAUGCCUGGACAAAACCAUGACAGCAUAGACUGUCCCAUUUCUCAGCUUCCUAAGAAACAAACCAACAUGGUCCACCUUAGGUUACAUACGGCUGGCACUCCAACUGACUCAGCUAUAUCUUGGCCCCCAGCAUAGAAGGAAAUGAAAGUUUUAACAGGCUAUCAAUUUUGUUAAAAUGAAUAACCUCGGCCUUGGCAACAUUUAUAGUUUCAAGUACCAAUAACUUUUAAUGAUUUCUGAAUACUGGGCAAUGAUAUAUAUCUCUCACUGCAGUAGUGACAAGUCAACAGGCAUUUGUUUAAACUAGAGAUUUGUUUUGUGAACUGAAAAAUAAGCCCUCCAGAAAUGACUGACUUAUAACCGACUUUUGGCCUUGAAAUGAAGGUGAGACUGACACAAUUACCUGGUUUAGUACAAUGCACAGCACCUUUGGGAGAUGCUUACAUUAUAUUUCAUCAAGACAUAUCUUUAACGUUCAAAAGAAAUGGCCUGUUCCAGACAAAGAAUGCUUUAGACCAAAUACAAGGAGAAUUACAAUGACAACUACAAGGACAAGCAAUAUUAAAGCACACACACAUAUAUAUAUAUAUAUAUAUAUAGUUCAAAAAGAUGACAUUGUGAACACAGAAGAUGACCAGGAAGGCCUGAAAGCGCUAUAGUGUCAUUGAUUGCAAUUGUUUGUCAUGUUGAAUCUUUUUUGUUUAUAUACAUUUAUUGUAUAUACAUAUACAAUUGUCGCCCCUUCAUUCAAAGAAGACAUAAUUGUGAUCAAGGCAUGUCUUUUAAUAAAUAAAUAAGUGCAUUUUCACAAGCUAACAGUGGACUUCUACAUCUGUUACUUAUUUUU